CUCUUGAAGGAUUAGAAGAAAGAUGCUCAGCGCACGUAUCAGAAACAAGAAAAUGCAAGAGUCUGACCCUGGCGAGUGUGCACAGAGCUAAACAAAGGAUGGAGUAGGAUUCAAACCCCAGCGCUUUCAGUCCCGUGUCUGACCCUAACUGCACUCCUAUUUGGACAAAAUUAAAUGCAGCCAAGGCCUGUAAAAGCAUCUAGCACAGCGCCGGAUAACUAACAAGCAGGGCAGCACCAUCCCCACCAGCCACUUUCAGCCAGGAAUCUAGAACCUUGACCACAGGGGCCUUCACUGGAACUACAACUCCCAGAUUGCAUCAGGCAGAGGAGCUGGCCAAUCACCAAGCCAAGCCUCACUUUUACCGCCAGCUUGCCCCACCCCGCAGCCAGAGCUUCUGUGACUUUUGGCCUGGCAGGUUGUACCCACCUGGUGGGUUGCCGGAAGUGGGCCAGCCUCAGUUGUUCCGGGUGGGUAAAGGUUGUUGAAAUUCCAGGCGGCCUCAGUGGCCAUCUUUAGCCCGGAACUAGUGGGCGUCGAGGACCGGACCGGAACUCAUCAAUGGAGGCGGAUGCGUCCGGCACAGCUGUUGCUGGGCAGAGUGGCUCCGAAGUGCAGGAGAGAAACAGGAUCAGUCCCUGUGGCUCAGGAAAAGGUGGAGGCAAGGAAAUAAAGAUGUUGACGAAUGAUGUGGCUGGCCAUAAGCUAAAUGUGGAAGCCAUAAUCAAAAAUAUUGAUACGAUUUCUUUGGAGUUGAAGAAGAUGAAAGAGCUCUCCCAGCUGCUGCUUUGUGACCUCACUCUGCAUUUCACCCAUCCUGGGAAGACAGACCACUUCAGGGAAGCAGUAGGAAACAGCAGCCCCUUCGCAGCGUUUAAAAUACAAGAUGUAGCCCUUGCUUCUAACAGUGUUUCCCCCUAAUUUCUUAUUCUCUGUCUGUUGUGAGUUUGUAACUGUGUUGUUGAAUUAACAGAUAUCUGGGAGAACUGAGUUUACUAAUGUAUUUAAUAUAAUGUAAGUGUUGUUGAGUUGUAAAUAAUCAUUUCAUGUUCCUGAA